AGAAAUCUGGCAACAGAACUAGGGUUUCAAGUGGCACAAUGAUGGAAUGAGCAGAGGGAUACAGGUGGGAUUGGCAUCUCUUCCUUGCCUCUGACCUUUCUUUGUGCCUGCUUCCUUACUGACUGACGUUGCCCUUGUACCCUUUUUCCUCUUUGGCAGAGUACUCUAUGUCUUGCUCUGGAGAGCUUCCCUCACACUUCCAUUCUACUAGGUUUCCACUUAGCUCUAAUUCAGCAUUACUAUCUUGUCUUCUGCUAUGUGACUGGAGCAGACUCAAUGCCAGUACUACCCAUUAUUUGCUGUGAACAAACUCCUAAGGAAGACUUGAAUGGCCCCCUUAAAGGAAGCUGCAGAACUGUGGUAACUGAUGAACUGUGGUAAUGCUAACUAGUAAUAAGGAAACAGCUGCCACUGAUAUUACCGUAUUGUAUCUGCAAGGCAAGGGGAGGAGGUAAGAGAAAUGAAAGGGAAAAAAAAUUGGUUUUUCUAUUUCAGGGAAAGUUAGCUCGCCCCCAAUUAUUGGAAUUCCAUUCCAAUGCAUUCAUCCCCUGAUGAAUUUCCCACUUGUCAAACCAGCAGACUCAGUGGGCAGUGUUACAAGAAUGUUGUCUCAUCCCUGUCACUCAAUGAGUUAUUUUGGGAGCCAGCUUGAUAAGGAGUAACUUCCUGAGGUUGGCAGUGGUGGCAGUGGAAAAAAAAAAAAAAAGAAUUGCCUUUAAAAAGUUCUAUUCAAGGUUCAUCACCAGGAAGAAGAUGGUUAGGACUCAGUGCCUGCUGCCUGCUCUUUGGCUCUUGGGAUGGAUACAUCUGCUGCUGGUGCUGGGUGGUGUUCCCCCUGCCUGGGCCCUAAACCUGGAUGCUGCACAGCCAGCCCUUUAUAUGGGUCCCUAUGGCAGCCACUUUGGAUUUGCUUUGGAUUUCUACCAGGAUGACUAUGGCGGCAUCGGGAUCGUGGUAGGAGCCCCAAGGGCUGUAGGCCGCCCCGGAGAGGAGACUGGAGGUGUGUUCCUCUGUCCCUGGGCAGCCAAGGGGAGUAACUGCAGCACCCUGAAAUUUGACCUCGACGAUAAGAACAACAGCGUGGGCGCCAUCACUUUCAAGACCUUCAAGGCUAAUCAGGGACUUGGUGCAUCCGUUGUCAGUUGGAAGGACAUCAUUGUGGCAUGCGCUCCCUGGCAGCACUGGAACGUGCUGGAGCUGACUGAGGAGGCCGGAAAGACGCCGGUCGGGAGCUGCUUCGUGGCUCAGCCCAAGAGCGGCCGUCGCGCCGAGUUCGCACCCUGCCGGGAGAAUGCCAUGAACCAGCUCUACCUGGGGAACUACGUCUACCUGGGGAACUACCGCAGAGACUUGCGGUACUGCGAAGUAGGUUUCAGUUCCACAGUCACCCAGUCUGGAGAGCUGGUUUUGGGGGCUCCUGGAGGCUACUAUUUCAUAGGUCUGCUAGCCCGCGCUCAGCUUUCUGACAUCAUGUCCAGCUACACCACAUCCUCACUUCUCUGGACGGUGCCUUCCCAGCGUCUGAGCAAGGAUGUCUUUAAAUCCGAGUAUCGGGACGCCUAUCGGGGGUACUCUGUGGCUGUGGGAGAAUUUAAUGGAAAUCCUAAAGAUAUAGAAUAUGUACUGGGUGUCCCCAACUGGAGCACAACACUGGGAGCGGUGGAGAUUUUUUACCAGAACCACAGCAUCCUGCAUCUGCUUCAAGGAGAGCAGGUUGCAUCAUACUUUGGGCACACGGUGGCUGUGACUGACAUCAACAGGGAUGGGAGAGAUGAUCUGCUGGUAGGUGCCCCACUCUUCAUGGAGCAGAGAGCCAACCGAAAGCUGGCAGAAGUGGGACGAGUAUACGUCUAUCUGCAGCUUCGAACCCCACAUUCCCUGGGCAACCCCAAGCAUCUGACGGGCACUGAGUUAUAUGGGCGCUUUGGCUCAGCUAUUGCUCCUCUUGGUGAUCUGGACCAGGAUGGAUACAAUGAUAUAGCAGUAGGUGCCCCAUUUGGAGGCCCCAAUGGACGGGGCCGAGUAUUUAUAUUCCAGGGACAGGAUGAGGGCCUGAGCCCACGACCAUCACAGGUUCUUGAUAGCCCUUUCCACCAAGGUCCUGGCUUUGGCUUUGCCCUGAAAGGGGCCACUGACAUUGAUGCUAAUGGAUACCCAGACCUGCUGGUGGGAGCAUUUGGAGCCAACCAAGUGGCCGUAUACAGGGCCCAGCCCGUGGUGUGGGCCACUGUUCGAUUACUGGUGCCAGAGGUACUGAACCCAACUGUGAAGAACUGUACACUUUCCAACCCAAAGACCACAGUUGCAGUCAGCUGUUUCAAAAUCCAGAUGUGUAUGAGCAUCACUGGGCACAGCAUUCCAGAGAAGCUUCGUAUAAAUGCUGAGCUGCAGCUAGACCGGAUGAAACCACGACAGGGCCGGCGGGUGCUUUUGCUGGGUUCUCGGCAAUCAGGCACCACUCUAGACUUAGAACUAAGCAGUGGACAUGUCCCUUUCUGCCAUGACACUGAGGCUUUCUUAAGGGAUGAGGCUGAAUUCCGAGACAAGCUGAGCCCCAUCGUGAUUAGCCUUAAUGUAUCCCUAAAGAGCAAGGGUGCUGAAGGGCCCCUGCCCCUCAUCCUGAAUGGAGACACUCAUGUCCAGGAGCAGACUCGCAUCAUCCUGGACUGUGGGGAAGAUGAUCUCUGCGUGCCCCAGUUACAACUCAAGGCCAGCGUGGAAGGCUCUCCACUUGUAAUUGGGGCAGACAACGUGCUGAAGCUGCAAGUAGACACCUCCAAUGAGGGGGAAGGUGCCUACGAGGCUGAGUUGGCCAUCCAUCUGCCCCAAGGCUCCCAUUUCAUGCAGGCACUGAGUGACAUCAAGAACUUUGAGAAACUACUUUGUAUCCAGAAGAAGGAGAAUGAGAGUCAAUUAGUGCUGUGUGAACUGGGCAACCCCAUGAAGAAGGAUGCCAGGAUAAGAGUCCUUAUGCUGGUGAGCGUAGGAAACUUGGAAGAAGCUGGGGACAGUGUCUCCUUUAUGCUGCAGAUUAAGAGCAAGAAUCGUCAAAAUCCCAACAGUGAAGCUUUUCUACUAGACGUCCCAGUCAGAGCCAAAGCACUUGUGGAGCUGUUUGGGAACUCUUUCCCAGCUACCUUAGUAUUCUCCCCACCUCCUGAGGAGACCCUGAGGAACAAGGAUCCAACAACUGUGAACAGAAAUACCCACAAAAUGGAAGAUGCUUCCAAGGUGGAACAUGCAUUUGAGCUCCAUAACCAGGGUCCAGGGGCAGUGAGUGAACUUCAGCUUUGGGUAGGUUUCCCUAGCCGUUCUGAGAGUGAUGACCUGCUCUACGUGCUGGAUGUUCAGUAUCAUGGGGGCCUCCAGUGCUCUGUUCAGCCUCCUCCCAAUCCUUUUAAUUUGAAAGUUGGCCAAUCCACCCCUGCUCCCAGCUCUACCCCCGCCCACCCUUUCCAGCAUGAACGAGAAAGGCGGAGUGCUUUUAUCCCAGAGCAUCUGGGAUCCUCUGGGCAGCAAGAACCAAUACUUCUGAAUUGUGACGCUUGGCCCUGCACCUGGGUGGAGUGUAAGCUGAAGCAGAUGGAGCGGGGUCAGCGGGCCAUGCUCACCAUAUCCACCAUGCUAUGGAUGCCUGGCCUCCUCAAGAGACCUUUGGAACAGUUUGUCCUGCAGUCUAAAGCCUGGUUCAACGUCUCUGGGCUGCCUUACGAUGUGCCUGCAGAGAGCCUGCCUCAUGGACAUGUCGUGGUGGAGACCAAGCUGCUUCAGGUCCGCCUGGAAGAAACGGAGAUCCCCACCUGGUGGGUGGUCGUGGGUGUGAUAGGUGGACUACUUUUGCUGGUCUUGCUCAUCCUUGUAAUGUGGAAGGUUGGCUUCUUCAAAAGGAAUCGGCCACCUCUAGAAGAAGAGGAAGAAGAGGAAUAAAUAAAUCUUCUCCUCCCUCCUACUCUGAAGGGAGGACUGUUCUCGUACUUGGGUUUGUUGCCCUUUUUGCCCUGCCUUCUCUCCAUUGACUGUAUCUACCUGUCCCAAUCCCUAAAGCCACUCAUCGUGAGUAUGGAGGGUAAGGGAAGGAAGGCAUGGUAGAACCUGGCCAGACAAGCCCUUCCAAAUACAGGCUGCUCUUGCUAAACCUCCAUUUAAGACAGAUCCUUCUGGUUUUGUUAUAAUUCCCAGAAAAAUGAACCCUAAUAAAUGAAUCUGACACCAUA